AUGAGGUCGCCGCUGGCUUCUGUCCUGCUUUGCACAUCGCUACUGUCGUCUCUAACUGCUGCAGCUGGUACAGUGCAUCUCGGUAUCAAAGGCAGGCGCGAUGUGGCUGGGCCCCAGCGAUUACGAAGACGUGCAGGUAGCAGCAGCACUCCCCUGGCUACCCUGACGGAAAAUCCCAACUUCUCGCAGUACUUCGCAGAGGUUGAGAUAGGGACACCCCCUCAGAAGCUCUCGUUGGUUGUCGACACUGGCAGUAGCGAUGUCUGGGCAGUUGCUUCAUCUGCUCCAAUCUGUGAAACAAAGGGCACCUGCUCUCUUGGAACCUUUGAUUCCUCUUCGUCCUCGACAUUCGACGACAAUGGACCAGGUCUGUUCCAGGACCAGUAUGCUGACGGAACUUCAACCACUGGUGACUUUUUCCUUGAUACUUUCAGCAUUGGGGGUGCAACCGUAGAGCAAUUUCAGAUGGGCAUUGCCUUGAAUACAAGUAUUCCCAAGGGGAUAAUGGGCAUCGGCUUUAAUAAUGCGGAGGCGGGUGGCAGCGUUCAGUACCCUAACUUGGUCGACACAAUGGUGAACCAGAGUGUUAUUGCUACCCAGGCGUACAGUCUCUGGCUGGAUGAUUACGCUGCAAAAACCGGGUCCCUCUUAUUUGGCGGAAUUGAUACCGAAAAGUACAGCGGGGAUCUUGCUAACAUCGCGAUGUACCCCUCCGCCCAGACAGGGGUCAUAGAUGCAUUUACAGUUGCCUUCACUUCUCUCACCAUCUCUAGUUCUUCUGGGAGUGAUACCCUGACACCGCCCGGCUAUGCUGAAGCCGUCAUCCUCGAUUCGGGGACCACUUUCACUUAUGUGCCCGACGACCUAGCUGAAGCAAUCUACAACGUAGUUGGUGCACAAUUCAACAGCGAGGCCGGGCUCGCCCUCUGUGUAUGCUCCACCGGAUCCGUAGAAGGAACCAUCGAUUUCGGAUUCGCCGGUGCUGACGGUCCCGUAAUCAAAGUUCCUAUCUCCGAGCUCGUCUACCCAGUCUACGACAACGAGGGGAACCAACCCACUCUGCAGAAUGGCGAUACGGUAUGCUCCUUCGGCAUCGAGCCCUCCUCCAGCCUUGGUUCCGACGUAGCCCUCCUCUUUGGUGACACGAUUCUCCGCUCCGCCUACGUGGUCUACGACCUCUACAACGCCCGCAUUGGCCUCGCGCAGACGGUCUUCAACAGCACGAAAUCGAACAUCAUCGCAUUUGAGAGCGCCGGUGCCCAGAUUCCCAGCGCCACAACUGUCACUAACGAGAACGCUGUCACGCAGACGGCAAGUGCGGACAAUUUCGGCGGUGGCGGAGCGGACCCUACGGCUCUGCCAACUUCGGUUGACGCCGGGACUGAAAUAGCUGGAACGUCGACAGCGGAAUUUACGGGGAAUGCGGGCCCGGCUUUCUCAACGGCAUUCUUUGACACUGCCACUUCAACAUCUAAAUCUAACCCUACGGGUAGUGGUUCAGGGGGCAGCUCGCCGACGGGCAAGAAGAGUGCUGCGGUUCCUGGUGUCAAGCCUGUUGCGUGGGUGCACAUUGCUCUUGUAGGAGCUACAUUGACGUUUAUGGCUGUUGGUGGUGGGCUCUUGCUAUGA